AUGGACGGCCUCGAGGCGACGCUCCAGGACGCGCGCUUCGUCCGCGGAAUUGGCCUCCUCAAGGAGAAGCGGUACGAGGAAGCUGUCGUUCACUUCGGGGACCUUCUGCGCACCAUGGACGAGGUCGAAGGCAAGACCGAGUCGCUGAGCAUCGCGCCCGUGUACUACGAGUACGGCAACGCGCUCUUGUCGCUUGCGGAAGCGACCGCCAGUGUCUUUGGCCAGGACGCGACCAAGGGCGAGGAAGGCGAAGAGGAAGACCAGAACGACUUGGAGGUCGCGUGGGAGAUGCUCGAGGUUGCUCGCCUCUUGCUCUCCAAGCACGAAGGCGAAGACGACCGCAUCGAUAAGGAGCUCGCGCGCGUCCACAUGCGCCUUGGCGAUCUCGGCAUGGAGUCGGAUCUCUUCCAGCAAGCGCGCGCCGACUAUGAAAAGAGCUUGGCUCUGCAAAAGAAGAUCUUGACGUCGACGGCGAUGGACACGACGCCGCUCGCCGACAUUUACUGCUGCAUGGCGAUCACGUGCAUUUACCAACAUGCCAAGCAGCCUGAAGCGGGGACCGACGAAGAAGAGACCAAGACGGACGAAGCGUCGACGGUGAGCCCCGAGGAAAUGGAGGUGCAAGGCUUGCGCUACUACGUCCUCGCCGGCAACGUCAUGCGCGACAACCUGUACCGUCAAGCGACGUCGUGCUCGCCGGCCUGCACGAAGUUCCUGGAGACGCAUAUCCCGAUGCAGGCCAAGCCCGAGUCGUCCAAGGGCAAGGGCAAGGCCAAGCCUCCGGUCAUGGAUGCCCCAGUCGCCGACCUCACCCUUCCGUACGUGGGCUCCAUGGAAGACAUGCGCAAGACGUUUGUUGCGGCGGCGCUCAACUCCCGGGGCGUCGACCCGAGCACGGCUGAUGAUGCCAGUACGCUACUUGACGACGACGAGGCCAAGCUCCUCGAGUACCUCGAGAUCUACACUGAGGUCAAGGAAAAGGUUGACGGGUUGCGGGAGAAUGUCGAGGCGAGCAACGCAGAGGCCGCUGCCGCGCCCGUGACAACGAUCGGGUUUGGCGUGACACCGGCCCCCGCCGCGGCCAAGCGCGACUCGGAAUCGGCGCCGGUCAACGUUCUGCCGGUGGCGAAGAAGCGGAAAAUUGCACCCACGGCCGUUGUCGACGAGGCCAAGUAA